AAUGACACCUAUCUCAGCAACCAGCGGUACUUCUUAUAUAAUACCUCUAGAAGGCAUAGAGCUGUCAUAUCUGAACAAGUAUGUCAGAAACCCUCAAGGUAACACCGUACCUCUAUGGAGUACGAAGAGGCUUGACGGAGAAGCGGAGUAUUUCCAUGUGAGGAUAGUUGCUGAUGACGGUAAAGAUGACAGUUAUAUUGAACCAGCAAAAACAUACAAAUGCCACAUUUGCAACGACAACAUACCAAUCAGAUAUUUCAAAAUACACAACCAAAGUAAUAAACAUGAAACACUUAAAAACAUUUACCAAACAGUAUUAGAAAGAGUGACGAAACAGAUGAAUUCGUCACUAAUCAAUGAUGACGAAAACAAUGACCAAAAUCUGUAUUACUGUGAAGCUUGUUGCAAAAUGAUCAAAAUAGAAAACAAAAUAUUUCACGAAAAUUCGUCGUACCACAAAAAAUCAGAGGAAAACAUGACAAUUAUAAAUAAUUUCUACGAUUAUUUUACAACAAUAAACAUCGAUAAAAAAUCUGAAUUAAACGAACACGAAAAUGACGAAAGCGAAACAGAAUGCAACAUUUCCGAAACUGACGAACGCUGUUCUUCCAGCGAUGAACUCAACGAUUCGUCAAUUUACAGUAGUAACGUGUCAAAAAACCCUACUCUCGUAACAAAAACCUCUGAGAAUGACGAACUGAUCAUUUCUGAAAUUGACGAAUUUAAAGAAACUAGGACAGAAGAUUCAGAUAAUGAUUUUCAGAAAUAUUUGAAAGAAAUUUCUCAAAAAUACAAGGUUCAAGUACCAGAAAUGGAUGAUAAGAUGAUUAUUUUAGAAGUUAUUGAGACAGGAAAUCAAAUUCGAGUGACGCCUGAAAAAUUUCAAAGUUUGCGAUGUCUGGGCAGAAAUUAUUAUUGCCAAAUGUGUCAAAUUUGGGUGAGGGGGACUGAGCUACAUAGUUAUACUGAAGGACAUGUCAAGAAUAUUAUGAAGCCUCUUAAUGCUGAUUUUGGGAGACAGGUAUCAAAAUUCACCAGCCACUGCAUACCAUGCAACGAGGUAGUAGUCACCGGAUCAAAACUACACCUCGACAGCGAACAACAUUUAGAAUCUACUAGAACCAUGUUCUCAUUCACUGAAUAUCACCGCGGGUACCCAGAUGACGUAUUAUUUUGUACAAUCUGCAAUAUUUCCGUAGAAAAAACUUACGAACUACACAGUAAGACAAAAAAUCACAUUAAAAACUUGAUUGAAGAAAACCAAAUGUACAUUUUGGAUAACGAAGAAGUAAUUUGCGAAAUUUGUACUGUUAAAACUACUGUUAGUGAUUUGAAGUUUCAUGUGUCCUCUAAAAAUCAUGUUAAGAAUAAGAAAAAAGUUGUUAAAGUUAGUGUACCUAAAGUUAAGGGUAAUAAUCAGUGUGAGAUUUGUCAAGUUCGCGUUCCUAAACGUUGUAUGAAAUUUCAUAUACCUAGUGAUAGACAUCAGGCUAAAAUGGAAGAACUAUGUACUGUUGACGAACCUAAAAAAAUAACAAUUCUUAAAAGACCUGUAGAAACUCCAAAAAUUGAGGAAAUAACUCCAAAAAAUAUUGUAGAAGAAAGUCCAAAAAUUGUGCCGAAAGAUGAUCAUCCUGCUGUCAAUAAUAAUAAUGAUUUUGAUGAUGAAAUAACUGAUAAAGAUGAAGAGUUUUAUUACUCUCAAGUAGAGUAUAUAGAUCCUUUCAAAAUGGAGGUUAGGUGUAAAACCUGCUUAGUCAUCUUACCUUCUUGCUACCGUAAUAUAGUAGAGCACGUUCAAGGCAAAAAACACGCCGAAUAUGUAGAAUUAUACAAAGAAAAAGCAGCAGAAUUCAAAGAUUUACUGUCAUUUAAAGAUAAUAAAGUUAAAUGUAUAAUUUGCGACAUGACUUUAAAUUAUAACGAUAGGAACGUUGUAAAACACAUGAAAAGCGUAGCUCACGUGAAACGGAUCGAAGAUAAAAAGAUGGCGGAUGACAUGCAAGAAAAGGCGGGAGAAAUCCAAUCGAGUUCUGACGAAAACGAAUUCGGGGUCAAAAACUGCGAUUUGUGCAAAAUAGCAAUAAAUUCGAAAAAUUUUGACUUGCAUAAAAAUGGUAAAAAACAUCAGUCUAUUGAAAAUGAUUUGUUUCAGUAUCACGGGAUUAGUCGCGUCGGCUCGAAGUUCCAUUGUUAUUACUGCCAAGUAAAUGUUGAGAAAAAAUAUUUAGCACAUAUUAACAGCGAGAAACACACACUCUCUUUUCAAUACAAACACCCUAUUGACACAACUGUUUUAACGACAUAUGGUCGAGACGACAAAUUUACCGACCCUAUAGCGUACAGAUACAAACGUUUGUAUGAAAACUUACUAAAAUAUAACAAUAUAAAAAAAACAUCAGAUCUGUAUUUUUAUUGCAAUAUUUGUAAUAGUUAUGUGGAUGUGAACAAUGAGAUUGUCCAUAUUUAUGAGAAGAAACACAAGUUGUUAUUGCAAGGGAGCAAAAAUAUGGUUUUCUAGAAUUCAAUUUCUCUAGAAGUUACUUAUUAUAGGCUUCUAGAGAGAUACAGGCAGCAGAUUCAACGAAAUUAUUAUUUGCAAUACUAUUCUUAUGUGUUUUUUGGAGGACACUUGAGAUUAUAUUAAAAUAAUGUUUUU